AUGGCCUCAAGGAGCCGCUCAUACACACAACUCCUAGGCCUCCUGUCCUUUAACCUCCUCUUGUUCACAACCUCCACAGCAGCUGUUCGUGUAGGAGUCAUUCUUCAUAAGCCUUCUGCUCCAACCCUUCCUGUAUUCAGAGAAGCCCCAGCUUUUAGAAACGGUGAUCAAUGUGGGAACCAAGAGGCUGAUCAUAUUCAUAUCGCCAUGACUCUUGACACAAACUACCUCCGUGGAACAAUGGCCGCCGUCUUGUCUCUCCUACAACAUUCAACUUGUCCUGAAAACCUCUCUUUUCAUUUCCUCUCCCUUGCUCAUUUCGAAAAUGACCUCUUCUCCAGCAUCAAAUCCACUUUUCCUUACCUCAACUUCAAGAUUUAUCAGUUUGAUCCAAACCUAGUCCGCAGCAAAAUAUCGAAAUCCAUCAGGGAAGCCCUAGACCAGCCUCUUAACUACGCGAGAAUCUACCUAGCUGAUAUCAUUCCUACCAACGUUGACCGGAUCAUCUACCUAGACUCUGACCUAGUCGUGGUAGACGAUAUAGAGAAGCUAUGGCAUGUUGAGAUGGAAGGUAAAGUCGUGGCGGCUCCUGAGUAUUGCCAUGCAAACUUCACGUACUAUUUCACAAAAUCUUUUUGGUCAGACCCAGAGCUAGUCAAAGUACUUGAAGGGAAACGACCGUGUUAUUUCAACACGGGAGUGAUGGUCGUAGACGUUGAUAAAUGGAGGAGAGGAAUGUAUACACAAAAGGUAGAAGAGUGGAUGAUGGUGCAGAAGCAGAGGAAGAUAUACCAUUUGGGAUCAUUACCUCCGUUUCUGCUUAUAUUCGCCGGUGAUAUAAAAGCUGUUGAUCACCGGUGGAACCAGCAUGGGCUCGGAGGUGAUAACUUUGAAGGGAAAUGUAGAACAUUGCAUCCUGGUCCUAUAAGUCUUCUUCAUUGGAGCGGGAAAGGGAAGCCAUGGUUGAGACUAGAUUCAAGGAAGCCUUGUAGUGUGGAUCAUCUAUGGGCUCCUUAUGAUCUUUACCGUUCAUCAAGACAUUCGUUAGAAGAGUAG